CGCGUUGUUACCUACGAUUGAUAACCUCAUUCAGCUCAACCAGAAUGUUACUCGACGAGGAUCCAGCUGCGCUCAUCCGCGCCACUGUCUCCAACUUCAACAUUGCACCGGACAAAGCCGCAUUGUCGCGUGUCAACGACUCCCUAUCUACACUACAACAAUCGCGAGAUCUACGUAUUCGAGAUGCAGACACAGUGCUGAGAAAACUGGCAAGGCAACUGGCAACUCUUGAAUCUCAGCGACGAGAAGUGCUCGCGGGCCAUGACAGCGGAAGGCACGCAAGCGAAAUUGUUCAGCUUGAUACCAAAAAGUUUAGGAUUGCAAAAUACGCAUCUGAGUUAGAAGCCGACAGUGAGAGGUUGGAAGCGGAGCUUGACAGACUAAAGCAGCGUCUGGCGGAUCUCGAAGAGCAGGGUGUAGAAGGGGACGAGAAUUCGCGGCGUGCGCGAGAGGCCGAUGAUCCCACAAUUCUGCGACUCUGGCUGUAUAGAUCCCUCGGAAUCACGCUCGAACAAGACGAAGCAGGCAACUACAACAAAGCCACCAUCGGAAACACAAAGAAAGGGGAUGUGCAUGUGGUAAACAUUGAUCCGAGAUUCUCAAAGUGGUUCUACGCAGACUACUUCUGGCAGACAAUGCAAGGAUAAGGCUGCUUUUUGCUUGAGAAAGAUUGCUUUUGAGCGUGGCGUUCCGGUUGAGUACCUAGGUACUGUGCCUUCACGGCAAUGAGUCUAUGACAGAAUAGCGCUUCCGACGUAAGAGUGGUUGACUCGACAGUCAGGGGAAGUUAUCCUAUCCACGCGGCUUCUUCGAAGCCUGUUUUGCCCUAAGUCACAAAUGGAAUUUCUAUCGAUGUCCCGUCAAGUCCUGCAAUAGCUGGAUAGACGCACAGCAACAGCCGCUUUCUGG